AUGGUGUAUAUCAACUCUGGGAACCUGGAACAGUUGCUAGAUAGUAACCUGCAUUUGCCCUGGUCUGUGAAGGUAAAACUGGCCUAUGACAUAGCAGUGGGCCUCAGCUACCUUCACUUCAAAGGCAUCUUUCAUCUGGACCUCACAUCUAAGAUAUGUCUCCUGAAAAGGGAUGAGAAUGGUUAUUCUGCAGUGGUUGCUGACUUUGGCCUGGCUGAGAAGAUCCCUUAUGUCAGCAUGGGUGUAGUGGGCUCACCUUGGAUGGCACCUGAGGUUCUCCGAGAUGAGCCCUAUAAUGAGAAGGUAAGUAGCAUGAUCUCUUACGGUAUCAUCCUCUGAAAGAUCAUCACCCACAUCCAGGCUGAUCCGGACUAUCUUCCCUGCACAGAGAUGGACCCCAAACUGCACCCAUCCUUCGUGGAGAUUGGGAAGACCCUGGAGAAAAUUCUGAGCUGCUUAUAGGAAGAGCAGGCAAGAGAUAGGAAGGUAAAGCCUAUAGCCAAAGCUGUGAUUGCCAAGAUCCCAGGUAAAGCAACUGAGUUCACUGAUGACAAGAUGCCCCACAAAUUGCCACGCCCAAGAUGUACCAUCUGGCUGUCUCAAAGCCAGUCAGACACCUUCUCCCAUAAACCUACACAUACAAUGAGCAUUUUGGACCCCUACUACUGGCCAUAAGACGGUACUGCCCAUGGCCUCAAAGUCAACCCUUUCAGGGCUCGCCCAGACCUCAAAGGUCGCAAGAUGAAGUUUGUUGACCUACCCAGCAAGUCUGUCAUCUCCCUGGUAUUUGACCUGGAUGUACCUGGAAUUAUGCCUUUAGCUGCUUGGCAGAAGCCCCUGCCCUCACCACCUGCUCGCCCGUGGCAAUCCUUGCCUGGAUCACUUGAAUUCUUGCAAGAAGAAGCCUGUCCAUUUGUGGGCCAGGAAGAAUCGCUAUCUGAUAGGCCCCCACCACACCUCAGUAGUCUCAAGUACAGAGUAAAGGAGAUCCCAUCAUUCUGGGCAUCUGCUCCAGCCCAUGAGGCUGCUUCAGUCCAUGAGGCCCUGGACUGCACCAGGCUCCAGGAAGAAAAUGGUUUCGGGCCUAGGCCCCAGAGGACUAGUCCAUGCCCGGCAGGUGCCUCUGAGAUGAAGGUAGAAGAAAGGCCAAGAGGGUUGGCUCCAGCCCCUUUCCCUCUAUUAGGCACAGGCCUACAAACAGGAAGAACAGGAUGGGGGGGGGGUCAGUCCUUGCCUCACCUUAGGAUGGACCUUUUGCUAAAGCCAUAA